GCUCUUGCAGCAGCGAGGGCAGCAGCGAACCUAGCAGCUAGAGAGCAGGCAGCAGCAGCCAGAGCAGCAGCAAUGGCUAACGGCGCAAGCUCUGCUGCGUCCUCUGCUGCAUCCUCGUCAGGGACCCUGUUGGGAAUGCCCUCAGGGCCCGGGGGUACUUCCGGGUCAGUAGGUUCUAGUCAGACCACAAGUCAAAUGGCGGGCUCGCAGUUAAGCCCGCUGACCCCACGCGGCAGGGAGCUCCUAGAGCUCCAACAGGUCGAAAGGAUUCGCGAACGGUUAGAGAGGGAACUGAAGCAAGCAACCGAUAGAGAAAACGAGAUCAAAAGAAGAGCAGCCAGGCUUGAUACGUUAGAGGCAGACAAGGCUGCACUGGAGGGUUUGGACGAGACAACAAUGUCUGACCAAUUGAAAGUGUUGAAGAAUAGCAUGUUGUCGCUGCAUGCGCAUGUGGACAGCAGACUAGACUUCAUGCAGAACUCUCUUGUUCAGAUCUUGGACCUUUUGCAAAGACCAGGAUUUAGGCGAGCAGCACAGUCGCCGUUGCCGUUAACGGCAAUGUCAGGCCCCUUUCCGGUACAAGCUGGCACACAACCAAGUGGUACGUCUGCAGCAGUCUCACAGACUGUUGCUUCUUCUUCUUCAGGGUCAGCGAUGGUAGCUACACCACCGCAACAACCUGUUCCUCAACAGGGACAGCAGCAAGGUCAAUGGUAUCCAAAGACCCCUAUGAAACCGCCUCUUGCCUUCUCAGGAGAGAAGAAGGACGAGGAACUCAACACAUGGUUGAGAACGGUUUCGGUAUGGGUAAAGGCGAAGAGGACUUUGCAGGAGGAGGAGGUGAUUACUGCUGCAUCUUACCUUGAGGACUGGAGUGAUGAGUGCGAGGCUGCUUUCAAACGAUUGAAGCAUGCACUCAUGAAUCAUGAGGUUCUCAUGGUGCCCGAUCCUCAGAAGCCAUUCAUAGUGACCACUGACGCAAGCCAAUACGGCAUUGGCACAGUGCUGACUCAGCAGGAUGGGAAGAAGUUGAGACCGAUUGAGUACAUGAGCAAGAAAAUGCCAUCGAAGAAAUUGGCAAAGUCCACCUAUGAAAAGGAACUCCAUGCUCUCUACAAGGCACUUGUCCAUUGGAGACAUUUUCUGUUGGGACGGUUCUUCUACUUGAGAACUGACCAUCAGACGCUCAAAUGGAUCAAGACUCAACCGACUCUUUCUGAUGCACUCAAGCGCUGGAUUGAGGUCAUAGAUCAGUAUGACUUCAAGCUUGAGUAUCUGAAGGGAGAGUACAACAAGGUUGCAAAUGCGCUAUCUCGUAGAGCAGACUACCUAGGGACGCUAGUUUCUGAGUUUGGUGUAUCUCAGGAAGUAACUCAAUCGUUGGUGGGAGCGUAUCAGGAAGACCCUGUCAUGAUGGACAUCAUGCGCAAACUUCAGGCAAAAGACAAGGCCACAGAAAGUGAGUUUGUGAUGGUGGAUGGGUUACUCUUUCUUGAUAAGGCCAGGUGUAAAAGGUUAGUAGUUCCAUCGAGUGAGAGUUUGCGUAGUUUAUUUCUAGGGGAAUGUCAUGGUGCAACUGGACACUUCGGCUACAAAAAGACGAGUGUCAAUCUGGUACAGCGAUUCUGGUGGCCUGGAAUGCUAGAUGAUGCAAAGAAGUAUGUAGAGACCUAUCAGGUCUGUCAGCGGGAUAAGCCGCCGCUUGGGUUGCUGAAGCCCUUACCUAUCCCCGCUGGUCCGGAACAGAGUGUUUCCAUGGACUUCAUGGACACCCUGGUGACCAGAAAGAGUGGCAAGAGGCACAUCUUUGUCAUCAUAGAUCGAUUCACCAAAUAUGCUAGACUAAUCGCCAUGCCAGAGACCGCAAGAACUGACCAUGUCAUCAAGUUGUUUAUGGACAACUGGGCGAUGCCCAACAAGAACAAGCUGAAGGAAAAUCAGGAGGAAAUUCAUCGGAUUGCUGUGAAGCUGAGGGAUAACGCCAAUUUAGUUUGCAAAACCCUCAAGGACAAUCCAAAUGUCACCGACAACAUGGGAAAGAUCGCACAGGAGCGCUCAAAUCUCCAAUCUCUCUUGCUUAAAACAAUUCAUGAGCUUGAGGAGGAGCCUGGGAAAUUCCCAUCACUCAUUGCCACGAUUAAUGAUGAAGAAGAGCGAGUGAGGAAGUUUGAGCAAACCAUUGAGCGUGAAAGAAUGCUAGCUGCAGCUGUGCGGGCUCUGCGACAGCAGAUCAAGGAUGAGAAGACUGCACAUGAUGAGGAGGUUAUCCAGAGAGGAAAGAGGCUAUGUCAGCUGAAAGAAGAUCUUAAGCACCUGAAGCAGAAAACUGGACUGGAGGCAAGAUAUCGAGCCAAAGAAAUUGCUGCUGCAGCCAACUGUACAAAUCGUGUGAGGAGUUCAUACUUGAAGAACUUGGAUGAGCAAAUCGAUCAUCUCACAGAUCUCCUGGAGAUGGAGGUUAGGGUGCACAAUGACACCAUGGAGUUCUUGAAGAGGAAGAACAGUGUGUUGAAAGAAGAAGCAGUCAAAUGGGCGAAUAAACAUGAAGUGGACCACUUGAUGAUGGAAAAAAGGAUAGAAAACCUGCUUGAAAACAAGUUGCAAGAUUUACAGCUGCUAGCUGAGCUGGAAGGAAGGUACAAGAAGGAGCAGGAAGAAAAGGCAGCAAGGGAAGCAGAGGAGCGAAGACUGGAAGAGCUGAGAAUUCUGAACCAGGGAUGGAUCGAAGUAUCCACGAGGGCAGCAACAAAAAUCCAAAAAGUUUUCAGAGGCUGGAGGGUGCGCCAUGAGAUAUUCCUGAAAAAGAAGAAAAAGAAGAAGAAGAAGAAGAAGGGCAAGCGCAGAGGAGGUGGUUUUCUGCCUCCCCGGACUCCGCGGAGUAAAGGAAAGACCCCUAAGACUGCUGGAAGCGAGAAGAGCCAAAAGUCCACUAAGUCUCCUAAGCCUGGUUCUGCAGCUGGUAGUCGCAUAGGCACGGCAGGUAGCUCCAAAGUUGUGGAAUCCCGAGCCAUGACCCCUUCGAGUGCAGGGACUAGGAAAAAGUGAUUAUUAUAUAGAUAAUAGCGGGACUGUUUGAGGGCCUAUUACCUCCUUCUCCUGAAUACAUCGUACGGUCAUUAUAGCUGUAUUUGGAGUCUCUUUCAGUCUCAAUACAGCUAUAGUGACCGUACGUUGUAUUCCGGGGAAGAAGGUAGUCAUCACAGUUGACUCCUGGAUGCAAGAAGAGCCAAAAGUCCACUAAGUCUCCUAAGCCUGGUUCUGCAGCUGGUAGUCGCAUAGGCACGGCAUGUAGCUCCAAAGUUGUGGAAUCCCGAGCCAUGACCCCUUCGAGUGCAGGGACUAGGGAAAAGUGAUUAUUAUAUAGAUAAUAGCGGGACUGUUUGAGGGCCUAUUACCUUCUUCUCCCGAAUACAUCGUACGGUCAUUAUAGCUGUAUUGUUAAGACCCGG